AUGUCUGACUGGGAAGAUGAGUACGACGAGGAGGGCACUGCUAUCCAGAAACCUGCCGCGAAAUCAGCUCCGACUGAAUGGAAGUUGCCAUGUGGUGACAGUCAAAGCAAAAAUGUAUUUUUUGGUACAAGAAACGGAACCAGGUUUGGAGCCUCAGGAAAGGACAGAGCUGAUCGUAGAGGCGAUUACAUAUGUUGGAGAGGUGGCGGCGAAGGUCGUCCGUUUCCCCCGAGCACCGGUCGCGGAGGGGAGGGACGGCGGCCCUUUGGCUAUGGAAAGUCGGACUUUUCCCCGCCUGUGACCAUCACCGUGGAAAACGCCUCCGUCGGGAGGGUAAUAGGUCGUGGAGGAGCCAAAAUCCGUGAACUUGAAGAGAGCACAGGUGCAAGAAUCAAGAUAAAUAAGGGGGAGUAUGAAGGUGAGGUGGUCAUCUUCGGAUCCUCUGCAGCCCAGCAGAAGGCCAAGGAGAUGAUUGAAGACCUGGUGGCGGAUGGCAGCUCUCGUUUUCACAGUGGUCCUGGUGGGAUGGCGGACCAUGGAAGAGGAGCUGAUGGAGGAUUAAAGAAUGGCUCUGUUUGGUCUGCUGCAGAAACACAGGCUGCCAGUGGCGCCCCAGCCCGUGUUUCCAUAGACUGGAACACCAUCCGGGAGAACAAGGAAAAGUAUGAAGAGCUCAAGUGGAAGGACCUCCCACCCAUGAAGAAGAAGUUUUACACCGAGGCAGAGAGUGUGUCCAUACUCACAGCAGAGGAAGUCAGUGAAUGGAGGAAGGAGAAUAACAAUAUCUUUGUGGAUGAUCUGAAGGAGGAAGGGGAGAAGCGUCCCAUUCCCAAUCCCUGUCGCACUUUUCUGGAGGCCUUCGAGCUUUAUCCAGAGAUUAUGGAAAAUAUUGAGCGAGUUGGCUUCGCCAAACCAACACCCAUCCAAUCUCAGGCAUGGCCAGUGUUGCUGAGCGGGGAGGACCUGAUAGGCAUCGCUCAGACAGGAACAGGGAAAACCCUGGCCUACCUGCUGCCAGGGUUCAUCCACAUGGACGGACAGCCUGUACCCAGGGCUGAGCGCAGUGGUCCAGGCAUGUUGGUGCUGACUCCCACCAGAGAGCUGGCCCUGCAGAUUGAAACUGAGUGCAACAAGUACCGCUAUAAGGGCUACAAGAGUAUCUGUAUCUAUGGCGGAGGGGAUAGGAGAGGCCAGAUCAACCUGGUGAAGGGUGGCGUGGACAUAGUGAUUGCAACACCAGGCCGACUAAAUGAUCUGCAGAUGAAUGAGCUCAUCAGUCUUUGCUCCAUCACCUACUUGGUGCUGGACGAGGCUGACCGUAUGCUGGAUAUGGGCUUUGAACCUCAGAUUAUGAAGAUUCUUCUGGACAUCCGCCCAGACCGACAGACUGUCAUGACCAGUGCCACCUGGCCCACCGGUGUGAGACGAUUGGCAAAAUCCUACUUAAAGAAUCCCAUGAUCAUCUACGUGGGCACCCUGGACUUGGCGGCAGUUAACACAGUGCAGCAAACAGUGCUGAUCGUCCAUGAAGAGGAGAAAAAGUCCUACGUCUUUGACUUCAUCCAAAACAUGCUGCCCGAGGACAAAGUCAUAAUCUUUGUUGGCAAGAAGCUUAUGGCUGAUGACCUGUCCAGUGACAUGUGUCUGCAGGGUCUGGCUGUGCAAAGUCUCCAUGGUGACCGCGAACAGUGUGACCGUGAAGAAGCCCUCAAGGAUUUUAAAGAGAGUCGAGUUCGUAUCCUGGUCGCCACAGACCUGGCUUCUCGAGGGUUGGAUGUCCAUGACAUAACUCAUGUCUUUAACUUUGACUUUCCACGCAACAUAGAGGAGUACGUCCAUCGCGUGGGCCGCACUGGGCGAGCAGGACGCUCAGGCACUGCUGUUAGCCUAGUAACAAGAGAUGACUGGAGGAUGGCUCCUGAACUGAUUCUCAUCCUGGGGCGAACAGGACAGGAGGUUCCUGAAGAGCUGGUGCUUAUGGCAGAGAGAUACGAGAAACAUAAGAGGGAGAAGGAUAUGUGCAAUCCGAGGGGAGGACAGGGACAUGGAGGACGGGGAUGGGGGAGGAGAGAUGGUGGAGGGAGAGGAGGCAGGGAUCGAGGCCAGAAUUGGGGACUCUAAUGAUGACUGUCCAUUUAAGUUUAUACAUACAUAAGUUUAUACAUGUUUUCUACACAGGUCUGCAAACAGAUUCAUAGAAGGAUGUAUCAAUAGAAAGAUAGAAACUUUAACGUUCACACUUUUUGAAAAAAGGAAUCAAUAAGAGAGUCUGUUAUCAUAAACACUAUUGAAAUUGAUUUAUGUCUGGCAUUCUAAUUCUAAGGACUAAUGUUAAUUUUCUUGUGCCUGUUUUAUGUCCUUUUUUUUUCUCACCAUGGUGGAGCAGGA